GCUGUGGAGCAGCAGCUCAGCGGCAUCACGCAGUAUCACCAGCGACAACCGGCCAAAAUGUAAAGGACACGCAGCCCGACACCGCUUCCCGAGAGAUGUUGUGCGUUGGAGAAGUGGAUUAAAGUCUGAGAAGGAAGGAAAAGAGAAAUGGUGCAAAAAGUUGCUGCGCAGCGCGAAUGCGUAACGACCCGUGCGUAAAAGCGCUCCAGACGAGGAGGACAGAAGUGAAAACUUGCGAUGAGAUGGAUGCGUCGGUGAGCCUUUGGGGCGCAGCGAGAAGGUGACAGCAGCCAGAUACUUCCACUUGGUGUGUGUUUUCCUCCCCCCGAGCCGGAGCGGACUGGACCGGAUCGGCACAUGCGGGACGAGCGCAGGAGUAGAAUUUAGUCUGGAGUUGAGACUUUAUGUAAGAAGUAGGACAACGCCGCCCAGCUAGUACUUUCCGUCAUGCGUGCAGACGUCCGGUCGCCCAGCAUCUUGUUAUGAUAGGGUUCAGCUCCAGAGGGUCGAUUCCACGAUACUUUGCACCCAGCUGAUGCUCCGGCGAGAGUCGGCGGAGAGUUGAGUCGUUCCCAUCCCGCGGUCUGCCUCUCGUUAAAACAUGGACGGGGGCGUCGAGUGCGCCUCCGACGGGGAGAGCAUCAACCUCAGCGUGCUCAACUGGGAGCAAGUGCAGCGGCUGGACGCCAUCCUCACCGGCUCCAUCCCCAUCCACGGCCGCUGGAGCUUCCCCACCCUGGAGGUGAAGCCCCGGGACAUCGUCAAGGUGGUCCGGAGCCGCAUGGAGGAGAAGCGGAUACAUGUCCGGGAGGUGAGGCUGAACGGAUCCGCGGCCAGCUACGUCCUGCACGAGGACAGCGGUCUGGGAUGGAAAGAUCUGGACCUCAUAUUCUGCGCGGAGCUCAAAGGAGAGAUGGAGUUCCAGAUCGUGAAAGAUAUCGUCCUGGACUCGCUCCUGGACUUUUUGCCCGAUGGAGUGAACAAGGAAAAAAUCACACCAGUGACCUUAAAGGAGGCCUACGUGCAGAAGAUGGUGAAGGUCUGUAACGACUCGGACCGCUGGAGUCUCAUUUCGCUCUCCAACAACCACGGCAAGAAUGUGGAGCUCAAGUUUGUGGACUCUCUCCGACGGCAGUUCGAGUUCAGCGUGGACUCCUUCCAGAUCCGCCUGGACUCACUCCUCCUGUUCUACGAGUGCUCGGAGCACCCCAUGGCCGCCACGUUCCAUCCCACCAUCCUCGGGGAGAGCGUCUACGGCGACUUCCCCACCGCUCUCGACCACCUCCGCAAGCGCCUCAUCUGCACCAGGAGUCCCGAGGAGAUCCGGGGCGGGGGGCUGCUCAAGUACUGCCACCUGCUGGUCCGGGGUUUCCGCGCGGCCUCCGACGGCGAGAUGAAGCUGCUGCAGCGCUACAUGUGCUCGCGCUUCUUCAUAGACUUCCCAGACGUGAGCGAGCAGAGGAGGAAGCUGGAGUCAUAUCUGCAGAACCACUUUGUGGACCUGGAGGACAGGAAGUACGACUACCUGGCCACGCUGUACAGCGUGGUGCAGGAGAGCACCGUGUGCCUGAUGGGCCAUGAGAGGCGCCAGACGCUCAGCCUCAUCUCCUCGCUGGCCCUUCGGGUGCUCGCCGAGCAGAACGCCAUCCCCAACGCUGCCAACGUCACCUGCUUCUACCAGCCGGCUCCUUACGUCUCGGACGGCAACUUCAGCAACUACUAUGUAGCGCAGGUCCAGCCCGUCUACCCCUGCCCUCCCUCACCUCCCCAGCAGUACCUUACCCCCACGCCACAUCCCAUGUAUGCCACCUGGUUGCCCUGUAACUAAAACCCGCGCACAGCCACGCCGUCCAUGCACUUCUGCGUAACUGGUGGAACUCACGGCCCCUUUAAAGGGACGAGCACUGAUCUCUGCAUCUCAUUGUUGAGAUGGGAUGAAGAAGGGAAAUGAGAAAAGGAAGAACAGGAGAUAAAAUUAGAUAAAUGAAGAGAAUUACGAAAAAAAAAAAAAAAAAAAAAAGGAAGGCUCCUCUCUGGGUUAAGGUGCGUCCGCCGGAGAGUUCCGAGCACAAAUGAGGGAGACGCCAGUGAGAGAGGCUGGCCCAUCACGUCGAGAGUUUUUGCAAAACAGCUGCAAACCCGAGCAUCGGCGCCAUCAAUAGCUUGGAUAAGAUAUUUUGACCGUGUGCUUGCGAGCUGCAGCUCACUGGAACUGCUUUUUCAAAUGAUGAACAUGUGGCUGAGCCACAUUUCCACGACCAAGCAAAACAGAUCCACUGAGACGACAGACUGUAGCAAGAAGACACAAAAUGUGCUGAAGAUGUUCCCCAUGUGCACUGAAGCGGAUUGAACUUUCCUUUUAACAGACAAUGCAAAAAAAGUGGAAGUGGACACUGUUUACUAACCCACAAUUUCUCUGAUCCUCGAUCGUUUCUCAACUCUAACCCAAAAAGAGACAACAAAACAAUGCAUGCUUUAUUUCUUUACAGGAAUCAUGUUUAAGUGCCUAGAUAAAGCCUAAAGGGAAGAGAUAUUUUUGUGAUUCUUUAUCAUAGCAGAAUAUUGAAUUGUCUUGUUGACAUUUCCAAGGUGAUAAUGAAUGUACUGAGAGGUCAAAGAAUUUACUGAGUAAGGUCUCUUACACUGACUGAGGUUUUGGACCAACUGAUCUUUGUCAACAGCGUUUUGGCUUGAAGACUGCUCUUAUCAGCAGUCCUGCUUUACAAGUACACAUCCUGAUUACCAAAGAGGAAGUAACCACACAAUCUCACCAUCUCGUGGGAGGGUGUUCGGGUGAAGAGGGCAAACCCAAUAAAAAGGGCUUAUAAGCGUCAAAUGCUGCGUUAUUUUGUGAUAAAUGUGCAUAAAAAAAUGAGUUUAAAUCCAAGAAUACAGCCUAUUACUGAAAAACAGUUGCUAUCUCAAAAAGGACGAUAAUCUGCAAAAAAAAAGAAAUGCACUCCUUGCAGUGUUUUUGUGCACUUUGGCAUUGAUGACACACAGAACUAAAGUUUACUUUGAAAAGCCCCGCGAAGGUUUCCUGUCAGCAAAUAAUGCUCAUGUUUACAUUUGGUGCUACUCACCAAAAAAACACACCCAAAAUGUUCCUUCAAUGUCUGACAAGGGUGUUCGAUCGAACGCAAACAAAGCUGUCAAUGAGCAAAAAGAGUGGAAGCGGUGGCAUCGCGUCAGCCAAACCUGCCUUCAAUUCACUGCCGCAUACGUCCAUCCUUGUGCAGCUAAUAUACACACACACACACACACACACACACACGGCUCUACAGUGCUACUGGCUCUCACAAACACUACAAGGCACCUUCUGGUUGCCACGGUGAGUGCAACAGCAGACGCUCAUAGAGAUUAAAUUAUGAAACAGAGGCGACCACUUGUCAAAAAAAAAGUGACACUGGAAAAAUUGUGAUACAUUAAAAUAUGUUAACUUUUUUGAGAAAUACAAAUGAGUAUGAUUUUUUUUUUAAACUAUGCAAUUUGAAUGCAUCUUGUCUUAAUGUGUGCACUGUAAAAGAAGACAAAUAUCUCUGUGUGUGUGAAAUAAACAGCGAGCAGGUUGUUUGUCAGAGGGGUGGAGGAUGGAUUGUGUGUACAGGAAUGUUACAGCAGACUCCAGUCAGGCCGCCGGGGCAGUCAGAGACCCAGCGCAGAGUCGUCCUCGCUGAACGAAAAGCAGCAGCUUCAAACAUGAGAUCACAAAAAAAAAAAAAAAAAACACCAAGAAUGCAGGCGAACGCAAUUCCCAAAGGUUUUUGAGUAGCAA